AUCGCUUUAGGGCGCGUCACAAAAGGAACCACUGUGCAGCUUGCAGCUCAGACACAACAGCAGACGUGAGUGCUAUGCUGACUAUUACUGCAGUGCCUCGAAGCACAUACAGGGCAACCGGUUGGAUCACCAUCAGUUUGGCCGUUCAAUGAUGUAACAAUUCUUCCAAACUUUUUCGACUCAACGGUAACGUUGUUCCACCACCUUGAGUGAUUAUGCAUUCUCUCCCUCUCUUAUAUUCUUUCGUGGUUUUGUUCUGUCAUCUCUUCUCCCUCUCUCUCAAGUCAUGGCGUCUUUCAGCUUCUCGACCCUUCUGGUGGACGCAUCUCGUCACAUGGGCCCGUCAACCUCGGGAUGGCAGCAUGCAGCGCUAUUUUGCGAUAGCAUCGCAGCGUCGAGUCUUGUCAGUCGAGGCUCUCAUCGUCUGAUACUCUCCAGACAUCAAACAACUUUCUCCUCCCAUGUCUAUUCUUAGAAAUCCUGUCAGAAGUAUUUUCAAUAGCCCAUGGGGCGCCAAGCAUCAUCAGGUGUUUCGCCUGUGUGCUUCGCCGCAACUUCAC